UUUAUUUUUUAUUUUUUUUUUUCCUCUUAAAAAAAAAAAAAAAAAUUUGGCUCUGUGAAAGAUUCCCACAUUUCCAACAUCAAAAAGCCAAAAAAAAGAAAAAAAAAAAAGAGGCUUUUAUUUAACAAUAACAAACUAAAGUGUAAUUACCUAUACUAAAUCAAUAAUAACAACAGCAUAUAAUUAUAACAAGAUUUUGUAAAAGAGAAUAACAAAUAAUUGGGAAAAAAGCAGUUUAUGAUAAUAAAAAUACAAAAUCAAGACUGCUAUUAUUGUUGGAUGUAAAUGAGAUGCCACGCCCGUAAUUACUAAUUAUCCUGAUAAUUAUAAUUUAAAAAAUGGAUAACAACAACAACAACAACAUUCAUCUCACGUUAAAUGACAUUGUCAAUUUAUCAGCAUGCAAUAUUUGCGGAGGAUCUCAUGAGAGCCAUGAUUGUCAACAUCUUGUCGAUCUUCAUUAUAUUCCAGAUAGUCCAUUUUUGUCAAAAGCUCGUCAAACAUUACCAAAAAAUUUGGAAAUAAUACAAAUGAGUGAUGGAACAAUAAAUGUAAUAUCAAAAUGUCAUUUAAAAUGUGGCACAGUAUUUGGUCCAUUUGAUGCUGAUAAAACUUUAUUAUACAUUAAUACAAUGGCAAAUUUUCCAUUAAAAAUAUUUGGAAAAAAUGAUAAUGACAGUUAUUAUCUUGAUUAUUCAAAUGAACAACAUUCAAAUUGGAUGUGUUUUAUUUCACCAGCAUCAUCAUUAAUUGAACAAAAUUUAAUGUGUUAUCAAUCAGAAAAUAAUAUAUUUUAUACAUCAACAAGACCAAUUAAAAUUGGUGAAGAAUUACACGUUUGGUAUGCUCCAUAUUAUGCUGUUAAAAUGAAAAUGCCAUUUUAUAAAAGUCAAUCAAAUCAACAAUUGCCACCACUUGAAAGCACCGACGACAACAACAACAAUAAUAACAAUGAAAUAAUUGUUGACAAUAAUAAUGAAACAAAAAAUAAUCAACAACAACAACAACAAAACUAUUGGAAAUGUCGUAUUUGUUAUAAAAUAUCAUAUACAGUUGUAACACAUGCUAAACAUCUUACUGAACAUUACAAAUGCUUUAGUGGUUUUUAUUGUAAUAUUUGUAAUGAAAAAUUUAAUAGCAUUGAUGUAUUGCAAAAACACAAAAAACAAUAUCAUACUAGUGUAAAAAUGAAUCAAGAAAUUGGCAUAUCAACAUUUGAAAAUGACCAAACAACAAUUACAUCAAAUAACAUGAAUGAUAUUUUAGAAAAAUUAAAUGCUGAUGAUGCAAUAAAUCAAUCAAUGAUGAUGAUGAUGAUGAUGAAUAAAAAUAAUUCAAAUGAACUUUCAAUGGAAAAUAUUGUUCCUGUUGUUGAUGAAAAAUUUACUAUUAAUGCUGAAUUAAGUACAAAUCUUUUAAAUAUUGAAACAAAUACAACAAGUUUAAUUCAAAUACAAAAUCAAAAUCAAAAUAAUAUUGUUCCUUUGGAUUGUGAUAUUUGUAAUAAAGUAUUUGAAAAACCAGAAAAUCUUCAUCGUCAUUUACGUAAACAUACAGGUGAAUUUAUUUGUUCAUCUUGUUUAGUUGUAUUUUCAAAAAAAGAAAACUUAAAAUCACACGAAUGUUUUUCAAAAAAUAUUAAUAAUUUAUAUGAAUGUCCAAUAUGUCAAAAAAAUUUUACAGUCAAGAAAAAUUUUAAAAGACACAUGAUCAUACAUACACAAACAAAUUAUUGUAAAUUUUGUAAGCAAAUAUUUACAUCAAAAAGACAUUUGGAUGAGCAUAAAUGUGAAAAUGCAAAAUUUGUAUGUGACAAGUGUAAUAAAAAAUUAAUAAGUAAUACGAGUUUAAAUCGUCAUAUGAAAUUACACGAUAAUCCAAAACCAAAAAAUAAAAAACAACAACAACAACAACAAGUUGGCUCAUUGAUAUGUGAAAAAUGUGGUGAAAUAUUUAAUACAAUAUAUAGUCUUAAGCAACAUUUUAAAAGUCACAUGGAACGUCAAAUAUUUAAAUGUACAUUUACUGGUUGUUUACAAACUUUUAAUAGCAUUGGUCUAUUUGAAACGCAUAAAAAAAAUCAUAUUAAAUUACAAGUAACAUGUUCAACAUGUCAACAAGUAUUUAAAAAUAAAAAAGCUUUAGAUGUACAUUUAUCAGUUGAUCAUGCUAAUGGUAUUAAAAAUUAUUAUCAUUGUGAUAAAUGUGAUAAAAGUUUUCUUCAAUUAAAUAAUUUAAAAAAACAUUAUAAACAAACACAUGUUGAUGAUGAUGAUGAUGAUGAUAAUAUUAAUGAUAAUGAUGAUGAUAAUGGCAAUAAUAAAUGCCACGAAAGACAAAAUAAAUUUUCAUGUGAAUUAUGUGCAAAAGUAUUGAAUAGUAUUCAUCAAUUAAAAAGACAUAAACAAGCAUCACACAGUGGAAUUAUUUAUUCAUGUCCAUAUUGUGAUAUGAAAGUUAAACAUCGACACAGUAUAAAACGACAUCUUGAACGUCAACAUAAUGGUCUUAGUGAACAGUGGAAUCAACCUAAUUUUAUUGAUACAUUGACUGAUAAAAAUGAAAAUUCAACUAUAAUUGCACCACUACCACCAUUAGCAACAUUAACACCUAUAACACCAUUAGCAACAUUAACACCAUUACUACCAUUACCACCAUUACCACCAUUAGCACCAUUAUCAUUAUCAUCAUCAUCCUCAUCACCAUCACUUGGACUUGGUACAGAUUUAAUUGUUAAAAAUAAUGAUAUAUCUGUUUCUGAUAAAAUAAAUCUUCAAUUGGCAUUAGCUGAUCAUAUUGUUGAUAAUAAUGAUAAUAAUAACAACAACAAUAAUGAUGAUGAUAACAAUAAUAAUUUAUUGUUAAAUGAAAUACCUCAAUUGAGAAUAAGUGAUACAGAUACACAACUUGCUCAAUCAGUUCUUGGCAAUGCCUUUAUACUUGAUGAGCAUGGUGAAAAUAUAAUGCUAUAUGUUUUGGGUAAUUAAUAUGAUGUUUAGAUAGCCAACUGAUAUUUCAAAUGUAGAAAUGCUUUAAGUUAAAAAAAAACCUAAAUAUAUAACUAAGAAAUGUUUGUGAGACUGACAUUGAAACAAUGUGAUACAGAGAUUAUUAUAAUAAUCCUUAAAGUGUGCCUUAAUGCAUUAAAUACCUGUUGCCGUUUAUUCUGUUGAAUAUAUAUUAUUUAAAAAUAAAUAAAAAAAAAAACUGGUUCCUGUUGUUGACGGUUUAUCAACCAAUUUAUCAAUGUUAUCAAUACAACACAUACACUUAUAGAUUGAGUGAUGAUAAAUACUUGAUAAUUCAAUUAAAAUUAAUUAGAAAUAAGUGGAAAAAAAAAAAAAAAAAAAAAAACAAAG